CAAUUUCACAAACUCAACGGAAAUUAGGGUUUCAAAAUUCGAAUCACUCCUGCAACAAACAGUAGAUUUACACGAACCGGAUCUAGCUUCAUAUCAUCGUUCUCAGUCAUUCUGCAUUAUCCGUGUGUGAAUUUGGAAACAAAACCCUAAAAAACAGCUUGAAAUUGGAAGUAAAAGAGAUGAAGAAAGUGUUUGGUGUUAAGAAAGACAAAACACCUCCUCCUUCACUCAAUGAAGCUUCCGAUCGAAUCAAUAAAAGAGGUGAGUCAGUAGAAGAGAAAAUCAAACGACUUGAUGGGGAACUUGCUAAAUAUAAAGAGCAGAUCAAACGAACCCGCCCUGGUCCAGCUCAAGAAGCUGUGAAAGCUCGGGCAAUGAGAAUUCUCAAGCAGAAAAGAAUGUAUGAAGGACAACGAGACAUGCUGUACAACCAAACUUUCAAUCUAGAUCAAGUUGCAUUUGCUUCAGAGGGCAUAAAAGAUGCUCAACAAACAGAAAUAGUUCAAAGCAUGCAGGGUGGAGCUUUUUUUGUCCUCUGGUUGGAAGUUGCUGCCUACCUCCGUGAGAUGUCGGCUUUGAAAACAGCAAACAAAGAAUUGAAAGGAAUGAUGAAGACUGUAAAGAUUCAAGAAAUCGAUAAUUUGCAAGAUGACAUGAUGGACUUGAUGGAAGUUAGCAAUGAAAUACAAGAGUCUCUUGGUAGAAGCUACAAUGUGCCUGACGACAUUGAUGAAGAAGAUCUCAUGGGUGAACUUGAUGCUCUUGAGGCAGAUAUGAGCCUAGAAACAGAAGGUGAAGGGGUACCUUCAUAUCUUCAGCCCGAUAAUGAGCCCGAUUACAGUGAUGAACUCAACCUGCCUUCUGCUCCCAUUGGGCAUUCAAUACCAGCCCGAAAAGUUAACAAUCAAGUUGAAGAUGAAUUCGGUUUACCCCAAGUUCCCCGUGCGUCCCUACGAGGUUAGGUGGAGGAUUGUAAGUUUGUAACUGCCAGCUGGCGCAACGUGGUUUGUUAAUUUCUUAAAAACAUUGUAAAAACUAGUGUGCAGAACCUGCACAUGCAAAUUACUAUCUGCAUCUAUUCAAUUAACCGUUUAUGAACCA